ACUUAUAAUUACUCCGCUGACUCCACCGACCGCGAAGUCGUGACCUGAGCGGGUCGCUUCGAAUCCGUUGGCUCGCGUGCUUUGCGCGCGUGCAGCUUAAACUUAAGUUAACGAAUCCUUUCUUUUAAUUUCCUUUUUGAUUAAUAACUUGUGCGGUUAUUGCUUGGGAUGGGUUUCUCUUUUCUCUGAUACGGAAUAAUGCAUCGCAGCUCUUUGGGUCCAUUUUUUGUUUUUGUUUUUGAAGUGUAAAUUCCACAAACUGAACAAUGAGCUUCUUACUCGUCAGAGAGUAUGCUGUAAAAUAUGAUUCGCUCUCGUUACUGGCAUAACGUUUUAAUAUGUAAAAAAUAUCAAGUAGAAGUAGACGACCACUACUGCACAUGUACCGAAGGAGCUUGUUAACUUAAUUCACUGUGUGUAACUGUCAUAAUAAUACGCAGAUUUUUCAGUUAAUUUGCUUGCUGCACGGCUUCCAUCGGGUCCUUCUGUUUCGGAGCGUCUCUGAAAAGUUGGCCGUUUUCCACUUUCUCCCUGCGGAAGUGGGUUUCGGGUCUUGCGUUUUGCUCAUCGUCUCCUAUUCUUCCUGACAGGUGGGCGUAAAAAAUCGAUCAUCGGCCCGCUUAAUCCGUGGAGUGCACACGCAUGCUUGCCCCCCGGCCCUUCUGUCCCCGGGGCUGCUCUUCAUCUCGGGCUUUCUCACCCUUUUCGGGCAGCUUCGUUUCACCAGUUCAGGAAGAACUAAUGGAGACUGAGAUUUUUAUUUCGUUUCAUUCAUUUUCUGUACUAUAGAACUAAGAUAAAAUUCAACAAAACCAAGCAUCACAUGAUGUAUUGCAGGGCAGCUGGUGACAUAGUGGUUUGAGCUGUUGCCUUGGAAACAAGAAAAGUGGGUUUCAAUCCCUGCUCCUGCUGUAGUGCCCUCGAUUUGAGGUGGUACUUCUGAAAACUGAGGCAGUGAAAGUUUCCCGGCUGUACAAAUGGCUAAAUCACCUUCAGUCUCCCGCUCUUGCCUUCGUAGGGACACGAUGCAGUCUGUCGAGUCUGUCCUGCACAGCGGGUACUUCCACCCCUCUCUCCGAUACUGGCAAAGCUGUGCCUCGGACCUGCGACCGGAGAACCUCAUCUACCCCAUCUUCAUCACGGACAUUCCUGAUGCGGUGGAGCCCAUUGCCAGUCUCCCAGGGCAGGCCAGAUAUGGAGUGAAUAAAUUGGAGAACAUGUUACGACCCCAUGUGGAAAAUGGCUUGAAGUGUGUGCUGAUUUUUGGGGUCCCUGCGAAAGUACCUAAGGAUGAGCGAGGCUCUGCAGCUGAUGCAGAUGAUACUCCUGCGGUCUUGGCUGUGAAGGAGCUGCGUUCCACCUUUCCUGAGCUGCUCAUAGCCUGCGACGUCUGCUUGUGCCCUUACACCUCACAUGGUCAUUGCGGAAUCCUGCGUGAAGAUGGCACCCUGGACAAUGCAGCAAGCUGCAUGCGCCUGGCAGAGGUGGCCCUGGCCUAUGCCCGAGCAGGCUGCCACAUUAUUGCCCCAUCAGAUAUGAUGGAUGGUCGAGUGUGGGCCAUCAAGCAAGCACUGAUGGCCAAUGAUAUGGGCAACAAGGUGUCUGUUUUGAGCUACAGUGCUAAGUUUGCCUCCUGUUAUUACGGCCCCUUCAGAGAUGCGGCCCAGUCCAAGCCAGCGUUUGGAGACCGCCGGUGUUAUCAGCUCCCCCCAGGGGCGAGGGGGCUCGCACUUCGGGCUGUGGAUCGAGAUGUUAAGGAGGGUGCUGACAUGCUGAUGGUGAAGCCAGGAUUGCCGUAUCUUGACAUAGUGAGAGAGGUUAAGGACAAGCAUCCCGCUCACCCCUUAGCUGUGUACAAUGUGUCGGGGGAGUUUGCCAUGCUGUGGCACGGCGCUCAGGCCGGGGCCUUCGACCUGCGUGCAGCUGUAUUGGAGUCUAUGACUGCCUUUCGCCGUGCUGGUGCUGACAUCAUCAUUACCUACUAUGCCCCUCAGCUGCUUACCUGGCUGAAGGAGUAGCCAGUAAAGGGGUAAAGCAAUACUUAGUCUGAACAGUAAUUAUAAACUUUAUAUCCUGGUCAUCAAAGCUAAAUGUUUCUAACCAAAGGGGACCAGAACUUUCCAGAAAGGCAAUCAGUAUAGAUCGACAAUCAUGCUAUCAGCUGUUGAUGAAACUGUCAUAUUACAAAUUAAUUUAGGCUCAUCGAGUACUGUUUCACAUGCAUCAUAUAACGACAGCAUAAUCAGGAAGCUAAUGUUUCAGCAUUGUCACCUGUCUGCUGUUUUCUGGGCAUUUUGGAUAACAAAAGCUGCUUUUGUUUCAAAAGAGAAAUGAUCAUCUACUUAUUUCCAUGUGUCUCUGAAACCAAUGAUCACUGCAGUCAGGUUCAUGAUGACAUUUGCAGCUGAUUUCUGUGUUGAUUUAAAUCAAUCUUAUGUAAACUUCUUCUUGACAAAACACACUUGAAUGUAUCUUUCUAAAAAGUGCUUGAUCCAGUAAAAAGAUCAAAAUAGGUUUGAGGCUUGUUAUGGGAAAAGUUGUUUAAAUGAGCCCAAGUUUUUACAUGUACUAAAUGUGGUAUAUUGUGUAAUGCACUGACUUACACGAAAUACACAAAUAAUAUAAAGCAAUUCAAUGUAGUAUGUGCCUAAUUCAUCUGGAUAUUAACCAAUAUUUUUUUAAUAUUUUUUCUCUUUUUAUAUCUCCAUGCCAUCAUUGUUAACAGCACAGUUAGGGCACAAUGUAGGCUGUUAAAGAAUUGUAACACAGAAAAUACAACAAUUUGCAGAAAGGCCAUCUGUACACUGGGUUUCAUUUGUUUCUUCUGUUUAAUUUUUGUAUGGAGUAAAUCUUUGUUGUUUUAUCCCAUAGGCUGGAUGUUCUAUACUGUAAAUGCAAAAUAUUUUUGCAGGGCAGAAUGUUGAUGUAGGUAAUAGUGGUAGUUGGCUAUUACUGAGACAGUUGGAAUGAGUGCAGACUCGGAAUGUGUUGGAAUAAAAGCAGUAUAUUCAUGGCUCUUCAGGAGCUAAUUCAUGAUCUCUGCAUUCUGAAAUGGCAUUUUAAGGAAUUGUGGCGUUAGCCUAAGGAAACUGAUUGGUUUUAGUGCUCCCUGGAGACGCUGAAGAAAAGGGAACCAUGGGUGGCCAUAGCUGUGAUAGUGCUGCUUUCAUUUACAGCUGCUCCUUCCCCUGAGUGGGUAAUAGAGCAGUUGCCUUAUAUUGCUUUUUAAACUGUAUAACACACAAAAUCCUGUAUUUGUAUGUUUGCUCCCUAGAUCAAAACUGUAUUAUUGUUAGUGAUGUAUACUGAAAACCAUACCUGGAACACCAGUGUUUCUGGGAACAGAAACAGCAUGCCCCAGCACUGCUCUGUAUACUUGAGAAGGUUACACUCAUGAGCGGUAUAACCAUGUACAUACUGUCCUGCUGAUAGUGUAACUCAGCAGAUGACUGUAUCUCCCUGGAGGGACUAUAGUAGGCCACUAUACUGUCAAUCACGGAGGGCAGCACUGACGCAAAGGGAACACGAGGGGCUGAAACGCAAGGACGGCACAUCACUCUCCUUGAACAUACAUCCCAUUGGAUGUUACAGUGGUGCACAGGGUGGCACUGGUACCUCAAAGCUUUUGUGUUGCGUGUUUGAAUUGGGCUCAGUAACUGUGGCAUUUUGAAGUUUUACCCAUGUCCAGGUAGGUUUCCUCCCACAGCCCGAAGACCUGUUUUAGAUGUACUGGUGAAUUUAAAUUGGCGAAAUUGUGUUUUUGAUUAUACUUGUAACAGACUGGUGUUGCAUCCAGAGUGCACCUACCUCACAACCUGUACCUCUGCAAUAGACUCUGGACCACUGUUGUUGGUUGGUUUUUUUUUUUUU